UCUAGCCGCCGGCAGCUUUUACUUUUUGGUUUCUGGCUUUCCUGGCGCGUUUGUGGCGGCUCAGAGCUGAGGAAGUCGCGUUGAGCACGUGGAGAAGACUUUAGGUUUUACGACUCCGCCCUCGCGACCCGCAUGUUCGAGGAGCCUGAGUGGGCCGAGGCGGCCCCAGCGGUCGUGGGCCUCAGUGCCGUAACCUCACGGCCUCGGCCCGCGGCAGCCGCGCAAAUCAAGGGCUCCAGGCGCCGCCAGCUCUUGGCCACCUUACGAGUUCUGGAAGCAGCAUCUCUUUCCCAGCAGUCCACCAGCCUCCCCAGCAGUGACUCUGAGGAAGAAAUAGAAAGAAAGAAGAAACACCCCAAAAAGUCUCCAUGUGCCAAAGUAGGGGAGAAAAGGAAAAAAUGUCAAACACUGGGCCCACCUCAUGGUGAUAGUGAGGAGCAUGAAAUAGAAAAGAAGAAAUGCUGCAAACAAGAUCUUCUGGGUAGUGACUCUGCCAAAGGACAGAAAAGAAAGAGAAAAUGUCCGGAACAGGCCCUUUCAAACCCAGACCAGCACCUAGACAGUGUCGACCGAACAGGUCACAAAUCCAAGAAGAGUAGUACUGCAGAUGAUUUACCCAAGCCAAGCUCUGGGUCUAGUUCCCCUAAGCCCCAUAAUACCUUAACUCGGAAACAGUGGCGGAACCGCCAGAAAAACAAGCGGAGACACAAGAACAAAUUUCGACCACUCCAGGCACCAGACAAGAUUUCUGCUGAGGCCUCCACUGCUGCUACAGGGGAGUCAGAGGUGCCUCCUAGCCCCAAACCGGACAACCAUGAGGCUCGGGCAGAGGCCCUGCGCGCCCGCAUGACACAGCGGUUGGAUGGGGCCCGAUUUCGCUACCUUAAUGAGCAGCUGUACUCUGGGCCCAGCAGUGCUGCGCAACGCCUCUUCCAAGAGGACCCUGAGGCUUUUCUCCUGUACCAUCGUGGCUUCCAAAGCCAAGUGAAGAAGUGGCCACUGCAACCAGUAGACCGCAUCAUCAGGGAUCUUCGGCAGCGGCCUGCAUCUCUGGUAGUGGCUGACUUUGGCUGUGGGGAUUGCCGCCUAGCUUCAAGUAUCCGGAACCCUGUACACUGCUUUGACUUGGCUUCACUGGACCCCAGGGUCACUGUGUGUGACAUGGCCCAGGUGCCUCUGGGGGAUGAGUCCGUGGACGUGGCUGUGUUUUGUCUUUCGCUGAUGGGAACCAAUAUCAGGGAUUUCCUGGAGGAGGCAAAUCGAGUGCUAAAGCCAGGGGGCCUCCUGAAAGUGGCUGAGGUCAGUAGCCGCUUUGAGGAUGUUCGGACCUUUCUGGGAGCUGUUGCCAAGCUGGGCUUCAAGGUCAUCUCCAAGGACCUGAGCAACAGCCACUUCUUCUUGUUUGAUUUUGAAAAGACAGGCCCCCCUCGGUUAGGGCCCAAGGCUCAACUUACAGGCCUGAAACUUCAACCAUGUCUCUACAAGCGAAGGUGACCUCUAAACACCCCUUGAAAGGAGAGGCAGCACCCAGACUCCAGGCUGAAGACUCUGAAGACUGUAUGUAGUCAGACUGUGAGCCAGGACCUGCUGCUACCGUUCCUCUGUCCCCAGAACAAGGUGUGAUGAAAUCCCUGGCUCAGCUGUUCUCCAGGGAAGCCGUCUCAGUUUGAAAGAAGCCUAAAGUCACUUGAGCAAGCUCAGCAGUAAGGAGGAACAGGGGGAUAACUGGAAAUCAUGGAUCACCUAAAGUGGUUCAGAAUUGAAGGCUUUUUGACUGUGGCUCCUCUCUGCAUCUCUCAGAGGACACAUUUUGUCUUGACCUCUCUGCUCUUCUGAUCUAUACUGAGCAGCCUCCGUUCACCUGUAUUCUGCUCCUGCAGAUUCAUAGUGCCCAGACCUAUAAGACCACAAACAGGAAGCUCUUGCUCCUUGGUAGUUCUGAUCCCAACUUGCUCCUUAUAGCUGAGAGCCAUUUAAUGUCUGAGUAAUGCAUUCUUCAUUAGGAAAAUGAUAGAAUUCCUGUCUUACAGCAUUGUUGUGUAUGUUAUUGGAGAAAAAUCUAUAGUUAGGUCUGGGAACACAUGAGGUGCUCAAUAAACUGGCUGUGGGUAUCA